AUGAAUGAAAGUGAAGAUGUGGAAAUACGAAAUGCUUUAAUCAAUGAAGAAAGAGUAGUAGUGGAACGCCCUGUAUAUACGCAACUAGAGUUUGAUAAAGGAUUUACCAGCAUUCAACGCCCUGCUAAAACACCAAAAGUAUGGGCCAAGAAGAAAGUUUCAAAGUUCGAAUGUUCGGGAAAAUGUGUUGGAAAAUUUAUAACUCAAGUUUUUCCAUUUCUGUCACUAUUAAAAGGAUAUAGCAUUCGGAAUGACUUUCCUGCGGAUAUUAUUGCUGGACUGACUGUUGGUAUUAUGCAUAUCCCACAAGGUAUGGCAUAUGGACAGUUAUCCACACUUCCUCCAGUGUAUGGGCUAUAUGUUUCAUUUUUUCCAGUUUUAGUUUAUUUCUUCUUUGGUUCAUCAAAGCAUGUCUCAGUUGGAACAUUUGCUGUUGUAAGUUUAAUGGUGGGAUCUGUGGUAGAUAAAGGUCUAGCAUCUAAAGGUCUGUCAUUAGAUAGACCAGCUAGCAGCAACAAUGGUACAAGUGACAUCUUCAAUUUACUUCGGACACAGUUAGGUUUUGCCAUGGCUGUUACUUUUGCUGUUGGUGCUAUUCAGUUAUUGAUGGGAAUGGUUAGAUUAGGAUUUGUAACUGUCUAUCUGUCAGACCCAUUAAUAAGUGGUUUUACUACUGGUGCUGCUUGCCAUGUUUUUACCAGUCAAAUUAAACAUAUCUUUGGUGUAGCCGUCAACAGAUAUAAUGGUCCAUUUAAACUCAUUUAUUCAUACAGAGAUUUCUUUAAAAACAUUCCAACUACAAAUUUUGCUGCAUUGAUUGGGUCAGCAAUUUGUAUAUUAGUCUUAGUAUUAGUAAAAGAAUUAAUCAACAAUAACCCUAGAAUCAAACCAAAACUUAAAAUGCCAGUACCUAUUGAACUUAUUGUGGUUAUUAUUGGUACAUUAGUAUCCGAGUUUUCACGUUUAAAUGAGGUUUAUGAUGUUAAUAUUGUUGGUGAUGUACCAGUAGGAUUUCCAGUACCACGAGCCAACCAGUUUAUGUAUUUACCUGAUGUUAUAUCUGAUGCCAUUGCCAUAGCAAUUGUUGCCUUUGUUAUUUCUGUUUCUAUGGCCAAAAUUUUAGCCAAACGUCACGAUUAUGAUAUUGAUUCAAAUCAGGAAUUGGUAGCUUAUGGUGUUUGUAAUAUAUUUGGUUCAUUUUUUUCCUCAUUCUGUACGGCAGCCUCUUUAUCACGUUCACUGGUACAGGAAGGAGUUGGUGGAAGAACACAAGUGUGUGGAUUGAUAUCGAGUACCUUAUUAGUAGUUGUUUUAUUGGUUAUUGGACCAUAUUUUAAAUCUUUACCUAAUUGUGUAUUGGCCUCUAUUAUUAUUGUGGCUUUAAAGGGAAUGUUCAAACAGUUUUUAGAAUUAAAAAGAUUAUGGAGUAUUUCAGUCAUUGAUUUUGCUGUAUGGUUAAUGACUUUCCUGGCUACUGUAUUAUUAGAUGUUGAUUAUGGAUUAAUGGUUGGUGUAGGAUUUGCUCUUUUAACUGUAAUUGGUAGAUCACAAAGCCCAUAUACCUGUGUUUUGGGGCAGGUACCAGGUACUGACAUCUAUCGUGAUACUUCAGUCUACAGAGCUGUAAAUGAAUUAGAUUGUAUCAAAAUAUUUAGAAUAGACUCAGCUCUAUUCUUUGCUAAUUCUGAACAUUUUAAAACUCAAAUUUAUAAACAAACUGUGGACCCCAAAAUAGUGAAAAAAUUGAGAAGAAAGAAGGAAAAAUUAAUAAGAAAAAUUAACAAAGAAGAAAAAAAUGAUGACAAUGGAAACGUAAGUUGA